AUGGAUCUUCCUCGAAAACCCACACAAGCCCAUGUUUCGGCGGCCGUCAUUCUAUUGGCAUUGGUGAGUUUAGCAACCGUCGAUGGCAGAAAACCGUGUCCAAAUUCUAACUGCGAGGAGUUUCCGGCGAUUAAUUGCCGGAAGUACUCGGCGGUGCUGACGGAGUUCGGCGCCGUCGGCGACGGAGUUACUUCAAAUACGCACGCGUUCCGGCAAGCGAUCGAGCAUCUGAAGCCGCUGGCGGCSGCCGGCGGCGCUCAGCUGUUUGUUCCGGCGGGGAAAUGGCUCACCGGAAGCUUUAAUCUCACCAGCCAUUUCACUCUCUUCCUCCAUAAGGAUGCUCAAAUUCUAGCUUCUCAGGAUGAAUCAGAAUGGCCACUCGUGGCAAUUCUUCCUUCUUAUGGAAGGGGAAGAGACGCGCCUGGUGGACGCUUCAGCAGUCUCAUUUAUGGAACCAAUCUCACCGAUGUUGUCAUCACAGGGAACAACGGGACGAUUGACGGGCAGGGAUCUUAUUGGUGGGAUAAAUUCCACAAAAACGAGCUCAACGUAACCCGGCCGUACCUGAUCGAGAUCAUGUACUCCGAUCAGAUCCAGAUCUCUAAUCUCACGUUGGUCAACUCUCCUUCUUGGUUCGUCCAUCCGAUCUACAGCAGUAAUGUGAUAAUUCAAGGGCUCACAAUUCUGGCUCCAAUCGACUCUCCCAACACGGACGGAAUAGACCCAGAUUCCUGCACCAACACACGAAUCGAGGACUGCUUCAUCGUCUCCGGCGACGACUGCAUCGCCGUCAAGAGCGGAUGGGACCAAUACGGGAUCCGAUUCGGGAUGCCGACCGAGCACCUCCU